AUGCACAAGCCGUUCUUGGCUCCAGGCAUCGGCUAUAUAAAACCGUGUGGAGCGUUAAAUAAACCACUCGGUCUUUUGCCAAGCAAAUCGAUUGGACGUCAUCGUUGUACUACCAUGAAUCUGCUGAUAAUAUUUGCAGUUAUCAUAGCCGCGGCUAGCGCGCAAGAAAUCACAACUACUGCUCAAGUCCUCCAGAAAAUCUACUACAAAUGCGUGGACAGUGAGUCGAUGAUAUCCUGCGUGAAGCCCAAAGUUCUGGCAUAUUUGAGUGACGUAGUUAACGCUGAUAGUGUUCCAAUAACGCAGGACUUGAAGAUAGUCAGGUCCCGAGAGUUCAGUUCCGAAGACAACCAGGACUAUUUGUCCUACGAUGGCGUCGACCCCAAGAAGAAGGAGUUACUCAGAUCACUGAUGCUAGAAAAACUGGAUUCUUACUUGUCUUCGCACCAAUUGGAAGCAAAGUUGCCCGAAGCAAUCGUUGGAUCCAACAUCGUUCCACGGUCACUGGUUGACUCCGUUCCUCGCAGCUUGAGUGUUCCACUGUCAGACUCUUCCAAUGGACAAGGACGUGGUUUCGUCAAGAAAGUCAUGAUUCCUUUCCUUUUGGGUCUCAAGUUCAAAGCAACUGCCCUUGUGCCUCUUGCAUUUGCUCUAAUUGCCCUGAAAACCUGGAAAGCUUUAACUUUAGGCCUUCUUUCCUUGGUACUCAGUGGAGCGAUGAUGAUCUUCAAGCUGACCAAGCCCAAAGUUGCUUACGAAGUGGUGCACUAUGGACACCCACCUGUCGAACACGCCCAGCCUCAUUGGGACGCUAACGCCAAUGGGCCUUACAUAUUCUGGAACGAAGGAAAAGUUGUUGUCAAAGUCAAGGACAAUGGAAAGGCUCAGUGUGUCGACGGCCAAAAAUUCGUUCCGUGGAAUGAAGAAGGGGCACAUAUUAUAACUCAUGAGGACUAUCCGUAUACAGAGUAUAGGUACUUUAUCGUAGUGCUGACAGCAGUUGUGGCGUUGGCUGCUGCCCAACCCGCGAAAAUCGAGGCCUGGAAAAGUUCAAACAUGGAUUCUAUCGUCGAGCAAACAAAAUCCGAUUGUGCACGCAACAACGAUGACAUGGCUUGCAUGAAGUUCAAAGUUCUCAAUCUGCUCGACCAAAUUUUCCGCAAAGACAAUUUCAAGGUAUCAGACGCCAUUGAAGUAACGCGUAACUCCCAACCAGUUGAAGAAACCGCACGCAGCGAAUCGUCAUUCAUUGAUACCGUGCAAAAUUAUCUUGUUUCCCACGACGUGACCUUCAAAAUGCCUCUCGACGCUGCCGUCAAAGUCAGUGCUAGAAACAUCGAAAACGACCAGUUGAGCUUCGACCUUAAGUUCGGCCAAGGAAGAGCUGUCGAAGAAGCCAGAAGGUCCAAAUUGAAGAAAGUCAUCAUCCCCAUCAUGGUCUUUGUCCUGCUGAAGGCGAUGACUCUGAUCCCAUUGGCCAUCGGUGUGCUCGGUCUCAAGGCAUGGAACGCCCUUCAAUUGUCCUUCUUCAGCUUCGUCGUCUCUGUUGGAUUGGCCAUCUUCCAAUUGUGCAAGAAGAUUGCAGCUGACAGCCAUUCUGCCCCCAUUUCUGCCCACGGACCCUGGGAGUACCAGGCUCAGUACCGCGGAUUCAGUGAUCAGGCUGAUGAUCAAUCGGCAGCUCAACAUCUCGCAUACGCUGCCUACGCUCCAGAAGCAUGA